AAAAGUUGACGUAUCUUCUCCGAAAUUUCAGCUAUUUCUAAAUACGCGGAUUUUUAUUACUCUGUUCUCUCUCGCGGUCGCCUGAUAAACCUUAGAAUUGAGUUUUUUUUCUUUUUUGGUUCUUUUUUAGUUCUUGUCGGAAUCGUGAGAAGCUCUGUCUCUUUGUCGGAAUCAAUGGGGACUCCUGAAUUUCCAGAUCUGGGGAAACACUGCUCCGUCGAUAUCUGCAAGCAAAUCGAUUUCUUGCCUUUCACCUGCGACCGUUGUCUCCAGGUCUUUUGUUUGGAUCACCGGAGCUACAUGAAACACACUUGCCCCAAAGGCGACAGAGAAGAUGUCACAGUAAUUAUCUGCCCUCUCUGUACCAAAGGAGUACGGUUAAACCCAAACGAAGACCCAAACAUCACAUGGGAGAAACACGUCAACACAGACUGCGACCCAUCAAACUACGAAAAAGCCACAAACAAGAAGAAAUGCCCUGUUCCAAGAUGCAAGGAGCAGCUAACAUUCUCCAACACCAUCAAGUGCCGAGAUUGCAACGUCGACCACUGCUUGAAACACCGUUUCCGACCUGAUCACACUUGUCCCGGACCUAGAAAACCCGAACCACCACGCUUCCUGGGUUUCAUGAGUGGUGGGAGUAGUAGUAGUAGCAAGAAAGAAGCUAAAACAAUAACAAGACCUAACAAACCUUCUUCUUCGAGAUGGUCUAAUCUUCUAUCUUCAGCAGAAGCUGGGAUCACCAAGCUUGGUAACGACAUUAGCCAUAAGCUUCAGUUUUCGAGCAGCAGCAGUAGUAGCAAUGAUGGUAUGGUGGAGGUGUGUCCACAGUGUGGUGCGAAGUUCUCUUCGGUUGCCGUUCUCGUGGAACAUGUAGAGAAAACACAUGAGAGGAACAAGAAGCAGCAGAAUCAUGGCAAAAGUCACAAGUACUGAACAUCUUUUUUGUAUUGUUUCUUCUCUUUUACUUGGUUUGAUACAAACCAAAGAAAAAGUUUCACAUUCUUUGAACUUAAUUUUAAAUUUGAUUAUAUACCAAAAAAAAUGUUAUUGCCACAUGUUAUUUACCACAUUCUUUCAACUUAAUUUGAAAAUU